AACCACAGAUGCGCAGCCGUCCAUGUCAAAAGAUCAGUGCGCAUUCUUGCAUUGUAAUACUACAGUAGCCUAACUAAAGUUCUUCUGCAGACUUCCCUGCUCAGCACAAGCAUUCGCGCAGUCCUUCUUUGCACAAACACAGUAACUGGUUCAGUUUUACACUUUCAUCUCUUUUUUUGUUGUUUUUUACAACCCGAGGAAAACUUUCAAAUACUCAAGACGCACAGUUUCAGCACUUCGGAUCGUGACAGCGACUGCAAGUAAACCGGUAUCGCAAACAGCUUUGACCGUCAGGCUACUAAGGAGAUCCAGGAUUGGCAAGCCUCACCGUUUCUCCGGAAUGUGCGCACUAAGGAGCAGCGAAGGGCACCAUGCGGCCCUGCGUCCAUCUUCUUCCUUUCUGCAGACCAGCGAGGACGAGGAGAUGGGACAGCGGCCGCUGACGUCCGUUCCCAGACGUUCCUCGCUGACUCAUCGGCUGCUGGGCCUGCAGGGUUGCGCACGGCGCAUCACGCCAAGCAGACGCCGCAUGCGGCAGAUGACCCCCGAGGAGAAGAAGGAUGCUUCGUACUGGGACAAGCGGCGCAAGAACAACGAGGCGGCCAAGCGCUCCCGCGAAAGGCGGCGGCUCAGCGAUUUCAUGCUGGAGGGCCAGCUGCUGGCGCUGAGUGAGGAGAACACCAAGCUUAGGACGGAGAUGCUCUGGCUGCAGUGUCGCUUUGGCGUGGCCAAGGACGGGCAGCCAGCCCAAGCUCCUUUGCAUAACCUGGCACCUGCUGCUUUGAAGUCCAGCUUCUGGGGUUUCGGAACUAACCCAGGCUCGCUCUUGGGGGAGCAGAAAGAUCUAGGAGACCUGCUGCAGGGCUCGAGGGUCUCCUGGACAGGUGCGUCCACAAGCAACGGCAUAGGCCAGAACUUCCAAAACCCAGAAAGUCACCCCAUGUACAUGGCAGGCUCCUCUGGCCAGCCGUACUACCUGCAGCCUCACAGUCAUUCACGAAAGAGGGCUUGUCUCCAGCCAUAUGAGAAGACCCUGCAGCAUCCCUACAGCAGGACAGGUGGAGAAGAACCAGACAGCACUGCUAACUACCAGCUGUGCUCCAGCAAAGAAAAUCCAGGGGCCCCUGAACCGCAGCCCAGCUCCAAACUCUCUCCUGUACUACCCCACCAGGCCCCCCCCUCAUUCUCAGCUUCCUCUCAUCUGCCCCAGAGCCGGUUUCUUCCCAGCCUAAACAACCCAUCACUAUGCAGCAGUCUGGUCCUGCCCUGGGGUAACCCUAACCUCCAUUUAUCCCCGAUCUAUUACAACCUGCCCUUCUAUCUACCCCUCGAGGGCCGCGAGCUUCUUAAUCACAGCCUCAAGACCAGGGGUGAUGCUUUCUCUGCAGAGCUGGCACACCUGAGAAGGUACUUCUUGUCAGAGAGCUGCUAGGGAAGCACAUGGACCAUAGAGAUGGUUUUGGAGCAGCAACGCAGGUCAACUCUUAUUGAUCUGCAUGUAUCAGUGUAGUGAUGCUGGCCAUUAGCAAAGAGUACAGCAUCAGGCUCCACCUCAAGGAAUGUGAAACUGCGGAGGCACUUAUAUACUUCUGUAUCGAAUUUUCAUAGGUUUUGUUAGUGAAGAUCUUCAUUAAUUUCCACUUUAUUUUGUUAUAUUAUUCAAGGAUCAGUUGCUUAUAUUUCAGUUGUGCGGACAAUUAAUUCUGUGAAGUAUUUUUUUUUUGCAUUUCCAGUGUGAUUUUUUUUAAACACUGAACAAAUGUCAAAUAGUAAACCCAAUAAAGACGCCUGGCAUUAAUCAGUGAUAUUUCAUUUUUACAUAUCAGCCACAACUGUCUUCAAUGACAUAAUGAAAUUUGAUGCUUCUCCAACUGUUGUGCUCAUUUUAGUCACACUGCAAAAA